UAAUUUUUAAAAUAAAACCCGCCACCUAAAAAUGUGGGAAACUGUUAGAUCUGACAAGCCUCCCCGCGGUUCAGUCAUCCAGGGUUAGUUAUCCUAGACGUCGGAAAGGUCAUCCUCAGGAUUUGCCUGUUUGCAGAGGAGCGACAGAAGUAGCAAAAUGUGGAAUGAAAAGAAGCAGAGUUCACCUUCUGAUCGUGGUCAGAUUGUUGCCAUCAUCAUCUUCAUUCUCGGUCUGGAAAGUCUGCUGCCCUGGAACUUCUUCAUCACCGCCUCACAGUACUUCAACAUGCGGCUGAAUGAGAGCGUCUCCUCCAACGGUACAUCAGGCCCGGUGCAGAGAAAGUACAACUACGACAGCUGGAUGGUUUUGCUCUCCCAGCUUCCUCUGCUCCUCUUCACUCUGCUCAACUCGUUGCUCUAUCAGUGGGUGAAGGAGCGUCUCCGCGUGGCCUUCAGCCUGGUCGUCAUCUUCCUCCUCUUCGCCCUCACUGCCGGCCUGGUCCAGGUCGACAUGCAGCCCGACAACUUCUUUUCGGUCACCAUGGCAACCAUUUGGUUCUUCAACGUGUUCAGUGCGGUGCUGCAGGGCAGCCUCUUCGGGAUGGUCGGCCUGUUUCCUCCUCGUUACAGCACCGUGUUCAUGAGCGGUCAGGGACUUGCUGGGAUCUUCGCUGGCGUCGCCAUGCUGUGCUCCAUCAUGAGUAAAAGUGACCCAAAAUCAGCUGCCUUGGGAUACUUUGUCACUCCAUGUUUGGCCACAUUAGGGGCUUUACUCUGCUACCUGCUGCUGCCUCACCUGGAAUUUGCUCAUUAUUAUCUGAACAGAAAUCAGGCUGUCAAACUGGACACGUCCAAUAAGCUCCUCAGCAACACAGACAAAAUAUCCUUAAAUGGGAACGUAAAAGACCUGGAGGCGAGAGGAGUCCCAGAGGAGAGUGACGAACGCUCUUCUGUCUUUGCCGUCUUUAAGAAGAUCUGGCCGAUGGCUCUGUGUGUGACGUUGGUGUUCGCCGUCACGCUGUCGGUGUUUCCGGUCAUCACAGUCCGAGUGAAGACGGUUUACACGAAGAACGCUGACUGGGACAAAGUGUUUACCUGUGUCUGCUGCAUUCUUGUUUUUAACAUCAUGGAUUUGGCCGGCCGCAGCGCCCCGUCUCUCUUUCAGUGGCCGUCCAAACAGAGCCGUCUGUUUCCCGUCGCCGUUCUGUCCCGUCUCGUCUUCAUCCCUCUGCUCAUGAUGUGCAACAUUCCCAACUCGAAGCUCACCGUCCUCUUCAGACACGACAGCGCCUUUGUUGUCAUCAUGGCUCUGUUCUCCUUCUCCAACGGCUACCUGGCGACCCUCUGCAUGGCCUACGCUCCACAAAAUGGAGUUUACCACAGAGACCUGAGACGGAUCAGAACAAAUUGGCAUCUCGAUGUCCGGAUGGAGAAGCUGAAAGAAAACUGGUUCUACGUCGCUCUGACUUGCGGCCGCGGGUCCAGGGAGCCGCCAGCUAAUGUGGCGCUGGAGCUCUGCGUUCGGUUUAAAGACCGGCAGGUUCUGCGGAGAGCCUGCGUGUCGGGAUCCUGGGGCGAAGUGGAGAGAGCGGUUCCUUUUUUCCCUUUUAUCAAAGAUCAGCCCUUCAAGAUUGAGAUCCACUGCGAACACGGCAGAUUUCGGGUGUUUGUGGACGGACAGCAGCUGUUCAGCUUUCAGCACAGAGUUCUGCCGCUCAGCCACGUCGACACUCUGUGGAUCAAAGGCAGCUUAAAAAUCACAAAACUUGCCUAAAACAAAAGACUUUUAGAUUUUUACACUUCAGAAGAUCACAGACGUUUCUAUUUAUUCAAAAAUGCUUUUAUAGUAUGUGUUUAAAGUUGUUCUACUUUUGAGAUACUUUGUUGAUAUAGUUUUUUAGUUUUGAAAUUCAUCAUCACUACUCACUUCAAUCCCAUUUUUAUUUGAAAAAAAUAAUAAUUAGCUCAUGUUUUCUCUGAAAAUUACAGUUUCAUUGCUUUUUAAAAUUAUUUUACGUUCAACUUUGGCUACAAACAUUAUUAUUUUAUGUUUUAUUCAAUCAUAGUUCAUGAACACGACAUACUUUCAGACUACAAAUUAAACUGAAACUUGACUGAAGACACUGUUGGGUUUAUUACCUCAAUCCAAUUAUUCACUACCAAAUUAGAUUUCUUUACUUUUAAAAUGUAAGCUCUUUGUUUUAUUUCAUGCAAUUGCACUAUAAAGUUAGUUUUGAUGUUGCAUUAUAGGAGAUUCGGGUGAAAAUUGUCAUUCUUUGCACAGAUUUUAAUGUGUGUCAUGCCUUUUUAAGUUUUGUAAAAUAAAUAAAUGAUUAAAUGUCU